AUGAAUUAAUAUUAGGAUAUGAAUGAAGAACAAUAAGCAUAAGGAGAAGAACCAUAAGAAUAAGUCUUCCCACAAUAAUAAAACGAAAUAUAAGAUAUAGAAAAUACUAAUGAAAAAUUUUGUUGUGGUUUACUAAACAGAAGCGAUCACAUCUUAAUUAAAGUUUUAAAACUUAUUAUUGCUCUUCCUCUCCUGCCUUUAGUCAUUAUAUGGAAAAUACUCCAUUGCACAACUAUUUUAUUAUAUAAUUGUUGUACCAAUCAACUUUAUCAUUGUUUGCUUUAUAUUUUAGGAAAACUUGCUUAAUGCUUAGAUUAACUAUGGCUUUUACUUUUAAUAUUUUGUCAUUAUAUGUACUCCUGUUUUACUUUUAUAUGUAAUAAAUUACUUGAUGUAAUAUAUUGUAUAGGCAGAUGCUCUAAAUAAAUUCUAGACUGGUAUGCAAUAUUUGUCGUUAAUGUUAUAUUCAAAUUUGCUCAUUUCAAAUCAAUCAUCUAAGAAUUCACUUCCUUUAUUACAAUCCCUUUAACUUUGAAAAUUAUUAUACCUUUAUCUAUGUGUUUUUAUCAUAAAAUCUACACUCCUACCAAAGCUGUUAUAAUUUUCAUUAUAGAAAAAGUGUUUCACAUUAUUAAAAUAACUACACUAACUAUUUUUUAUUUCACAGUAGACUAUAUCCUGAAACCAAUUUAUAAAUAUAUUAUAUUGAACUUUUUAAAAUUUUUGGUAUUUCUCUUAGUAGAUGUCUUUUAUAAAAUAAUUAUAAUCAAUUUCUGCAAAGGAAUGAGAUGGUCAAUAAUUAACUUUUAUACUUAUAUAUUAGUUAAUUUUUAUAAAUAUUUAAUAGUUAAAUUUUUGAUUGAAAUUGUAUUAACUUAUUCAUUCAAAGCAAUAAAGUUAUUUUUAUAUGACUUUUUAUAUAAACUAAUAAUUAUUCCAAUUUGUAAAGUAAUCAAAUGGAUAUUAAUAGAUUUUCUUUAUUAAAUUAUCAUCAUAAAAUUAUACUAAUGUUUAAGAUUCAUCAUUGUUGAUGUUAUAAAUAAAAUAAUAGUUAAAAUUACUGAAUUCAUAUAUUUUUAAAUCUGUGUAAAUUUGUAUAGAUGUUUAUCUUGGAUUAUAAUAAAUAUCAUUUAUGAAAUGAUACUAAGAAAUAUUUUUUUAUAUAUUUUGAAACCUUUAUUCAAUAUGCUUGUAUCUAUGAUAAGAAUCAUAUCUAAUAGUAUUUAUUAAUAUUUAUUAUUACCAUUAUGGAAUAUGUGUAAAUAUCUUUUUAAUGUAAUAUCAUAUAUUAUAAUUAGGGUUUAAUAAAAAUAAUAGGCAUAAUUGUAUCAUUUAUUUAUUAAUAACUGUUGACUCCAAUUUGGAAUUUAAUUAUCAGUAUAACAAAGGGGCUAAUAAAUUUAAUAAAGAAACUAUUUUCAGCUGCAAGAUAAUUAUCAAUAGAUAUAUGGGAAUCCAUUAGAAAUUUGUUUAGAAGACUCAGAAAUAUAAUAUGA